AUGUCAUCCGAAAAGCCCACAAUCCUCCUUAUCCCAGGUGCAUGGCUUCCCGCCAGCGCCUUCGAAGAUGUAGCCACCAUCCUCCGGGCUCGAGGGUACCCCGUCCAAACAAUGACAUUACUAUCAGUCGGCGGGCCAACAUCAACAACAGUAGCCGACGAUGCGGAAGAUAUCAGACAACGUUAUCUAAACCAACUUAUCACGGAAGGCAAAGAGGUCAUCGUUGUCAUGCACUCGUACAGUGGUAUCCCCGGUGCAGAAAGCGUAAAGGGUCUCGCACGCAAGGACCUCGCAGCGCAGGGUAAGAAGGGUGGAGUAAUUGGAUUAAUCUACAUUACAGCAUUCCUGAUCACAGCCGGUCAGAGUGUUGCAUCGAUCCUUGGUGAAUACAUGGACAUUGCCAUGUCAUUCGAUGGCGACAAAGUAUACCCCAAAGAUCCGCAGGCGAAAUUCUACAAUGACCUCGAGGACGAGAAAGCAGCUAAACAUGUUGCGGAACUGGUAUACCACGCCAAAGCUAGCUUUUACACGCCGCUCACGUACGAGGCGUACCGUGACGUUCCUACGACAUUCCUGCUCUGUAAGAGGGAUGCAUCUAUACCUUUCGAGGUACAGCAGGGGAUGGCUGCAGCUGUGGGGGAAGGGGUGGUGCGGACGUAUACCUGCGAGGGGGCACAUUGUGCUAUGCUGAGUGUCCCGCAGGAAGUUGCUGAUGUUAUUGAUGAUACUGUGAUUAAUGGAGUUUGA